AUUGUAGCAAACGAGCUUCACCACAUUUUUGAGGGCUGGAUUCAGAGGCGAAUGGUCAGCGCAAAACCCACUGCACCAACCAGGUGCUGGUGAAUCAGGAAAAAGCACCAUCGUCAAACAAAUGAAAAUUAUCCAUCAAAAUGGUUAUUCAAAGGAAGAAUGUUUAGCCUUUAUAUCCAUCAUCAAUGGCAACAUUCUUCAGUCUAUCCUGGCUGUUGUCCGAGCUAUGUCCACUAUUGGAAUCGAUUACGGAGAUUCAGCAAAUGUGGAUUCUGGGAGACAGCUGUUUAAUCUUGCGGAUUCCAUUGAAGAGGGGACCAUGCCGAAGGAGCUGGCGGACAUUGUAAAGAAGUUGUGGAUUGACUCAGGAGUUCAGGCCUGCUUUGAAAGGGCAGCAGAGUAUCAGCUCAAUGACUCGGCCUCCUACUACUUGGAUAACCUGGACAGAAUCACAGCUUCUGGCUACAUUCCAAAUGAGCAAGAUGUCCUGAGGUCAAGAAUUAAGACCACAGGUAUCAUUGAAGAGCAAUUCUCUUGCCAGGAUCUGAACUUCAGAAUGUUUGACGUCGGUGGACAGAGGUCAGAACGGAAGAAGUGGAUCCACUGUUUUGAAGGAGUUACCUGCAUUAUUUUCUGUGGUGCCCUCAGUGCCUAUGACAUGGUGCUGGUUGAAGAUGAUGAAGUGAACCGUAUGCAUGAGAGUCUCCAUCUCUUCAACAGUAUUUGCAACCACAGGUACUUUGCAGCCACUUCCAUCGUGCUCUUUUUGAAUAAAAAGGAUCUUUUCGAGGAAAAAAUCAAAAAAGUUCAUCUAAGCAUCUGCUUCCCGGAUUAUGAUGGCCCCAACACAUAUGAUGAUGCUGGCAACUACAUCAAGGACCAAUUCCUAGACCUCAACAUUCGAAAAGAUAUUAAGGAAAUCUAUGCACACAUGACGUGCGCUACUGACACAAAAAACGUCAAAUUUGUAUUCGAUGCUGUGAAAGACAUCAUCAUUAAAGAAAAUCUUAAAGACUGUGGCCUUUUCUGAACAUCUGGGCUUCAGACUAUCAGGACCACCUGGCCAUAGUCUUUCCAGCUUUCUCCUGAGGUGUACACCAUUACCUUGGUCGAAUCUGCAUGACCAGCUUCCCCAAGCCAAUCUUGAACACAAGCAAGAUAAGCAGCAAAAUAAGACAUGGUAUAAUUUGUCAUGUAUUGCUUUCCAGGUCUCAAAUACUUCAUUAAUAAAAGCAGCACCAAAGAGAGGGGAGAUAUGUGUCUAAAUCAGUGACUAAUCUUUCAACGGUUCCAGGAUUUUGCGGAAAUCUGGUGUUGCUUUUACCACAAAAAAAAGUCACCCCAUUGUGUAUUUUUUAAAUAAAGCAGUUAAAGUUUUGUUAGACAAUGCAAGACAACCAAGAAACUACCCUCUAACAUUUUGAAAACAAAAAUAUUUGAUUUUAUGUAAUAGUAUGUAUUAGAUAACUUUAGUAUAUUUAUAUUUUAAUCAGCUUUUACUUUUCAUGGAUUUGAACUUAUUUGAACAGGGAAAUCACUGGUUUCACUCCUAUAGAUAGGGUUCACAAUUGUUGGAAACUAUCCAUACUUCUAAAAACAUUAUUCCUUAUCACCCUACUUUCCAUGUACACAUCUUUAUAUCUU